ACUCACCCGACUCCCGCGGCUUUGCUAAAUGUAAAAGGCUUCUACACACAAACAUACGUACGAGACCACUAAAUACGCCUGCGCACUUCACUGAAAGCAAAAAAUUCAGUCUUUUUGCGACCAGACCAGGACAACUGGCGAGGUUUUCUCUCAAGAAAAGCGUCUUCGCGGCAGGAUAGAAGAUGAGUAGUUCAGAAGAAGUGUCCUGGAUCUCCUGGUUCUGUGGACUGAGGGGAAAUGAGUUCUUCUGCGAGGUGGAUGAAGACUACAUCCAGGACAAGUUCAACUUGACAGGACUAAACGAGCAGGUGCCACACUACAGACAGGCUCUGGAUAUGAUUCUAGAUCUGGAACCAGAUGAUGAGCUGGAGGAUAACCCUAACCAGAGUGAUCUGAUCGAGCAGGCAGCAGAGAUGCUGUAUGGUCUCAUCCACGCACGCUACAUCCUCACCAAUCGUGGCAUCGCUCAAAUGUUGGAGAAAUACCAGCAGGGAGACUUUGGCCACUGCAGUCGUGUGUACUGUGAGAACCAGCCUAUGCUGCCUAUUGGCCUGUCAGAUGUACCGGGGGAGGCCAUGGUGAAACUGUACUGUCCAAAGUGCCAGGAUGUCUACACACCUAAGUCCUCCAGACAUCAUCAUAUAGAUGGAGCUUACUUUGGCACCAGCUUCCCCCACAUGUUGUUCAUGGUGCAUCCUGAGUAAACAUGUGUGUAUGGGGUGAAAAGGUGACCUUUGACACCUGUUUUGCCAUACCGUCCAUUAUUGUAUGGCUUCAAGAUCCAUCCAUUGGCCUAUCAGAUACAAGCUCAAGCUUCCAACAACUUCAAGAGUCCUGUGAAAACACUUCGAUGAAUGUUGCACAUAGGAGACGGUCCUAUAGUACGAAUGGCUCUUGCACUAGCUGGGAUCUCAGCCUGACACAGCUAGCCUGUAGCCAUUCUUCCUGCUCAGUAUCUUCUUUCACAUAACUUAGACAGUCACAUUACUGUAUCUCUAUUUUCCUUGUACAGCUUUAUCAUUCUUUAAAAGUUUGUACAGAAGCAUGGUAAAUAUACACGUGUCACCUCGUGCAUGCCUGUUUUUCAUGGUACCCAUUCAGACCUAUGAUAUAAAGCUGGAAUGUAAAGUUAUGUACUCCUAGUAGUCUUAUUUAAUGUUUACUAAUGAGUGUGGUGUUGAAUAGAUUUUGUACUUUGGUGGCUACAUCCCACUCAUCUCAUAUUCUUAUCAUAGCCACUUUGCUUUUGGAUGUUAGACAGAGAUGUCAAUUUAUAGGCCACACCAUUUCAAUUGCUUGGAUUUGCCACAUUUGUUUUUCUGAUAUAAAGAAGUGAAUAAAAAAAGGCUACUACUUUGAUACCAACUGUUAAAGUUCUUAACUUAGCCCCUGCAGUGUUUAGUUAUACAUUUGUCAAAAGGUAAAAUUGCCACCUCUGUUUUAUUUAUUUCCUGUAAAAGUAAAAUAUUUAGGAAAUGACAUCAUUGUGACCCUACUAGGAUAGGGAGCUUCAUUGUUUUUCAUAAUUUGUUUCCUGUCUAUAGUAUAAUUUCCGUGCAACUUCAAAGGGAGGCUGUAUGGGUUAACCAAUUCUGAUUCAGGACAACUGAAAAAGACAAGAAGUAUAUAGAGGUGCAUUAACUGCAUUGGAAAUUUGGCCCCAUGAAAUCUCUGGACGUUUAUGAUAUGAUCUUUGUAGAAAAAUGAUAAACAAGGAUUCCCCAAAAGGGGAAUGAUGACCUUGUGUUUGUAUAACAGUCACUUCAAUUUAGAAUUUUACAUUGUUGUUUUUGAAAGAAAGAAAAAACUACCGGUAGUUCUAGAGGUGCAUGUUGACUGUAUAUGUACAAUGUAGUAUAGAAUGAGUCAAAUAUACAUUAUGUUGUUGGGGAAUCCUUCAAUAAUGCUAUUUGCCGGCUUUAAUUUUCACACAUAAUAAAAUUGUAACUGGCAUCCAAGAUUUAAUGAUAUUGUCUUAGAUUUGUUCUUGUUAAGGAGCCACAUGUCUGAUGACACUUUCUGGAAAAUUACGGUCUUGUUUUCUCAACAUACAGAUGGCACUAGAGCUGGGUGCAAAAACCAAUGGAAAGAUUCACAGUACUACUUCAGGCACAUGUACUUGUAAAUACAUGCUUUCAUUGCGGAGGGAGCAGUGAAUAAUGCAGAGACUUUUUGCAACACACGACAUGUGCAUGUUAGUGCUAUUUGACAGGUCAUGCAAGAUAAAAUGUUGUGACCCUAGUAAAACUUUAUUACAUUUUUUAAGUACAAAACUAUAAUGACUACACUGCAAAAGGUAGGUGAAAUAUGGAUGCCUAAAAGUUGUAUGGUUACGGUUGAAAUAGUACCAUGUGAUGAAUAUAAAUG